GUGUGUGCAUGAGGCGUGAUAGUGUGUUGAGGAAAUACAUUAAAGCUCCCUAUCAUUUACAAGUUCUAACAAAAUGGAGGGAAGGGAUGAUUGGGAUCAAGAAGUAGACUAGACACAUCAUUGGAUUUCACAUUUCUGGAAACAAACGUGUCAAUUAUCAUUGGAGAAAAGGCUUUCCGGGCCAAGUGACUUCCUUCCCCUCAUUUGUUAUAAUCCUGUAACUCCCUUUUGCUGGAGAACUGCAUGGGUGAAUGAUAAAGUAAUACAGUCUUCAAGUAGGCUACAGUAAUAAGGAUACAAACUACGCUGGUACUGAAACAGUCACAGCUACACCAUGUUUCCUACAACCAUAUUAGCUAAGGGCACCGUAACCCCUAACACUACAGCCAGCCACACCACCGCCGCUCCCGGGUUUAUAGACCAACUACUGAACAAGAUUCCCUUGCCACGAUGGGCCAUUUACACCAUCUUUGCUGUCAUUGUCUUGAUGUUUUUGGUGUGUAUUAUCUGCAUCUGUGCGAAAUGCUGCUGCAAGAGCAAGAAAAAGACAAAAAAGAAGCCGGACAAUCAAAUCAAUCUACAAGCGGUGAAUGGUUCCUCGACUACAUCACUAGUCCAACAUGGCUCGGAUGAUGCAGGCUACGGCUCAGCUAAAAACCGGGGAAGACUGCUCUAUUCUCUGGAAUACAAGGCACAAGAGUUGACAGUGGGGCUCAAAGAGGCUGCAGCUCUGACAGCCAUGGACCGGAGUGGCACCUCUGACCCCUAUGUUAAAGUCUACAUCACUCCCAACAAGUCAAAGACAUUCGAGACUAAGGUCUACAGGAAAACCCUCAACCCUGUGUUCAAUGAACACUUCACAUUUAAGAUUGACAAGGCUGAGCUCAAUGAGUCCACCAUAGUCAUGAAAGUGUUCGACUUCGAUAGAUUCUCCAAACACGACAUCAUCGGAGAACUGAGGCUGCAGCUCGGAAUCAUCGACUGGAACCAUGUGAUCGAAGAGUGGGAAGACCUGAGAGAACCCUCCAAGUUUGAGGAUGAAAUUCUGGGGGAGAUCUGCUUCUCAUUGCGCUACGUCCCCACCACUAACAAGCUGACUGUUGUCAUCCUGGAAGCCAAGAACUUAAAGAGUAUGGACAAAGGGGGCUCAUCAGAUCCCUAUGUAAAAGUGCAGCUAGCUCUGGACAAGAAGAAGUGGAAGAGAAAGAAGACGUCUGUUAAAAAGUCCACACUGAAUCCCUACUUCAACGAAUCCUUUACGUUUGAUGUGUCGUUUGAACAAAUUCAAAGGGUUCACCUGAUGAUUUCCGUGUGGGACCAUGACAAGUUGACCAGGAACGACGCCAUAGGGAAGAUUUUCCUGGGUUGUGAUGCUGCAGGGAACCAGCUGAGGCACUGGGCAGACAUGCUGUCCAAUCCCCGUAGGCCUGUGGCUCAGUGGCACAACCUGCUUUCCAACGAACAAGUGGACUCCACCCUCGACCUCAAACACACAGUUAGGAUCCCCUUCAUCAAUAAGAACUUUUGAGAAAUCUUAGACUCGCUUGCCAGACUCAUGGCACUCAAGUGGCUGUGGGAAGAGGUUAGAGGAAAUCCUCCUCCAUGGCCCGACAUAACCAGAUUCCUCCUUCUACUUCACUAAGCUAAUAGCAGCUUGGAGGCCCUAGCACUUUUAAACGCUGCAAAAUACAGUGCCUUCAGAAAGUAUUCACAUCCCUUGACUUUUCAACAUUUUGUUGUGUUACAGCCUGAAUUUAAAAUUGAUUAUAUUGAGAUUUUUAUGUCACUGUCCUACACACGAUACCCUAUAAUUUCAAAGUGGAAUUAUGUUUUUAGAAAUAUUUACAAAAAAUAUUUUUAUGAAAAGCUGAAAUGUUUUGAGUCAAUAAGUAUUGAACCCCUUUGCUAUGACACGCCUAAAUAAGUUCAGGAGUAAAAAUGUGCUUAAGAAGUCACAUAAUAAGUUGCAUGAACUCUGUGUGCAAUUAUAGUGUUUAACAUGAUUUGUGAAUGACUACCUCAUCUCUAUAGCCCACACAUACAAUUAUCUGUAAGGUCCCUCAGUCGAUUUGUGAAUUUCAAACACAGAUUUAACCACAAAGACCAGGGAGGUUUUCCAAUGCUUCUCAAAGAAGGGCACCUAUUUGUAGAUGAGUAAAACCUUCUUUUUUUUUAAGCAGACAUUGAAUAUCCUUUUGAGCAUGGUGAAAUUACACUUUGGAUGGUGUAUUAAUACACCCAGUCACUUUAAAGAUA